ACUCCGAUAUGCCAGAUAUGCUCCGGAGAUCAAAAUGUGGAGUAAAGGUUAGAUACUCGGAUGUAAUGCCCCGGGGUAGUCGUGUGCGUUCGGGUGAUAAUGUCCGGCAAGGCCCCAGGAGGGGCACGGGCUUAUAAGGCCGCCGCGGCUCUCCGGCCAUACCAUGAGCACAUCACUCCAACCACCAUCACCACCACCACCGACACAAUAGGUGACUUUGUGGCUGGAUUGUCUUUGGGUGCUGGCUCAAGCACAGUGAGUGUAGCCGCCGACAGCACACCCUGACAUUCCCGGGUGGUGAUUGUGGGGCGAUUUUGGCAAUGGAGCUGGCGGCAGCGUCGGAUUGCAGCCAUCUCACUAACAAUCCA